AUGGAAGCUGACAAACGCUUCGGCUUCGGGAAGCACGCCCUGCUAUCCACAUUCAUCCACCCAUAUCUCUACAGCAAAGCCACAAAACUAUCAAAGACAGGACUUAAACAGCAGCAAAGUCUGAUGUUUAUUGUGGCCAUCACCCUAUUGCUCUCUGGAGACAUCCACCAGUGUCCCGGUCCAAACAACAUACCGGUGACAGAGGGACGCAAUAUUAACAACAGGAGCACCACCGCUAACCUUCAGGUAUGCACACUACGCACAUUGUACUCCACACCCGAGCAAACACACUUACUCGUGCAAUUCCGUCCUCCCUGCGAGUGCCGACCCGGUUCUGAUGCACGGCCCGAGCCUGACAGCCGGCGGGACGAGACAGCGUGGAGCAUGGAGCGGGGUGGCCAUCCGGGCUGCUGCGAGCGUGCCUGCUCUGCGCCCAGCGCCACGACGGAGAUGCCGGGGUUUGGAGACGGAGACCGAGGGAACCAUCACUGCAGCCCACGGACCGCGCGCCUCGCAGGGGUUGUGCCGUGUCCGUGGUGGAGGUCGCGGUCAAGCAGCCAGCGUCACGCGUGUAGCACAAGCAAAACAACAAAUCGAUGA